AUGUCUAUGAAGAAUGUGAAAGGUGCAGCAUUAGAGCCAUUUCAAACUAAUAAUGAGGAGGAGGAAUCAGAGGAGGAAGGAGAGUAUAACAAAGUAACAGAAGAGGUGACAGCGCAGGUUUGCUUGCCAGCUAAAACAGUAAAAGAAGGAAGUGCAAUCAAGAAGGGACCAAAAGAACCUUAUGCAGAUUUUAUAAUCAGAUUACAAGAGUCUCUAAAAAAGGUGAUGGCAAAUUCAGCUGCUCAGACACUGUAUACUUCAGCCCAAAAAGCAGAGCUUGCAGCUGUAAUUGAAGUCUUAACUGCUUUUGAGAUGCCUGUGAAUGUAGCUUCUGAUUCUUCAUAUGUGGUUCAUUCUACACAAUCAAUUGAAAAUGCUCAGCUUCGAUUUAAUACAGAUGAACAACUGAUGAGUUUAUUUAUCCAGUUACAAAUUGCAAUUAGAAAUAGAACGCACCCUUUUUACAUCACUCAUAUUAGGCUUCACACACCUCUUCCAGGACCUUUAACUGCAGGGAAUCAAACGGCUGAUUGCUUAGUGGUGACAGCAUUGUUAAAUGCUGACAUUUCACACUUUGACCCAAUCUGCAGAUGUGGAUCCCGAAUCCUGCAAGAAGUAGCCCACUGUGACAAAGCUGCCCUUGCCUUUACUGCUUUGCACAGCAUAUCUUCCCAAAGAUCUUGGCCACUAUGGACUACAAUCGUUAUUUUUCUUGGAGUGGUGGCAAUCUUGGGAGUAACUAUUGGUCUUCUUGUUCAUUUUCUGGCAGUUGACAAGAUUUACUAUUAUCAAGGUGAUUUUCAUAUUUCUGGAGUAACAUACAAUGAUAAUUGUGAAAAUGCAGGUUCACAAGCCAGCACAAAUCUAAGCAAAGAUAUUGAGACUAAGAUGUUAAAUGCAUUUCAAAAUUCCAGCAUAUAUGAGGAAUAUGUCAAAUCUGAGGUCAUUAAACUUCUGCCUAAUGCUAAUGGCUCAAAUGUACAGUUACAGCUGAAAUUCAAGUUUCUUCCAGCAAAGAGAGUUAGCAUGAGAACUAAAAUCAAGGCUAUAUUACACCAGAUGUUGAAAGACAACAUGGCAUCCUGGAAUGCAGUUCCUGCUUCCAUUGAACUCAUGGAAAUCAGCAAAGCUGCUUCUGAAAUGCUCACCAACAGCUGUUGUGGGAGGCAACUAGCCAACAGUAUCAUAACUGGCAACAAAAUUGUGAAUGGAAAAAAUGCCCAGGUGGGGGCGUGGCCAUGGCAGGCCAGCAUGCAAUGGAAAGGCCGUCACUACUGUGGAGCCUCUCUGAUCAGCAGCAGGUGGCUGUUAUCUGCAGCUCACUGCUUUGCUAAGAGAAACAAUUCAAAAGAUUGGACUGUCAACUUUGGAACUGUAGUAAAUAAACCAUAUAUGACACGGAAAGUACAAAACAUUAUUUUUCAUGAAAAUUAUAGCAGUCCUGGGCUUCAUCAUGAUAUUGCCCUCGUACAGCUUGCUGAAGAAGUUUCUUUUACAAAGUACAUUCGUAGCAUUUGUCUUCCUGAAGCCAAAAUGAAGCUCUCACAAAAUGACGAUGUUGUAGUUACAGGGUGGGGAACACUUCAUAUGAAUGGUGCAUUUCCAGUGAUACUUCAAGAAGCCUUUUUGAAGAUUAUUGACAACAACAUUUGCAAUGCCCCAUAUGCAUUGUCUGGCUCUGUGACCGAUACAAUGCUGUGUGCUGGAUUUAUGUCAGGAGCAGCUGAUGCAUGUCAGAAUGAUUCUGGUGGACCACUAACUUAUCCUGAUUCCAGAAAUAUCUGGCAUCUUGUUGGAAUAGUAAGCUGGGGUGAUGGAUGUGGGAAAAAGAAUAAGCCAGGUGUCUAUACUCGAGUGACUUCUUAUCGCAAUUGGAUCACAUCCAAGACUGGACUCUGAAAGAAAGUAAUUAUACAAAGGAACAUAAAGACAACUGCAGGCUAUCCUUAUCUGUGGCUUUGGGAUCUUUUGAUUUUGAUUGUUGGUAAACCAAUCAUUUUAUAUACAAAAAUAUAAAUCUCUUUAUUAAUAUUUUGUUAUAUCCAUGACACUGUCCAUGCAUUUAUUAAUCUUUUAAAUUAAUGUAAAAGAUAGGAAGAGGCUGGGUGCAGUGGCUCAUGCCUGUAAUCCUAGCACUUUGGGAGCCAAGGUGGGUGGAUUGCUAGAGCCCAGGAGUUUGAGGCCAGUUUGGGAAACAUGGCUAAAUCUGUGUUUAAACAAAUACAAUAAUUUACUAGGCAUGAUAGCAUGCACCUGUAGUCCCAGCUAUUCAAGAGAUUGAGGUUGGGGAAUUGCUUGAGCCCAGCAGAUCGAGGCCUCAGUGAUCUGUGACUGCACCACCACUGCACUCUAGUCUGGGAAACACAGUGAGAUCCUGUUUCCAACAACAAACCAACCAACAAACAAACCAAAAACAGGGGAAGAAAAGAAAGAAGGCUAAUAUAUAAUUUUUUUUAACAACCGAGUUCUGAUUCAUUUUACCUUUAUAUUCAGAAUUAACCUUAAUUUGUUUUCCAGAAUCAAAAGAAAUAAAAAAAUAAAUUUGUUAGUAUGAGAACAUAUAUAGCAGAUUUAUCAGAUGUGUUACUUUUCAUUAUGUCAAUUAUAAUUUCAUUUGUUAAACUGGAAUAUGUGAGCCAAACAAUGUACAUCCAUUUUUUUAAUUAUGUGAAAUAAUUCAUGUACCUCAUAAAAUCAUGCAAUCUUUCAGUGAAAAAGGAGUAUCAGAGGUCCAGCUAGACUGAGUCUUUCAAUUUAUACAUCAAGAAACUGAAGACCAGAGAAGAGAAAUGAUUUGCUUAAAGUCACUCUCCAUUAUGUAUGAUAAGUUGAUAAAUUUAUCCUUACACAAAUUUGUCCUCAUUGAGUUUAGAUCCAAAAUGUAUCAUAAAUUAAAGGAUGACUUUUAAGUUGCAAUUAUUUAUAUAGCAUUUUCUUCAUAUUCAUUUUUUGUCAUUUGUUUACUUUCUCUUGCAGCAAAAAUAGCAUGAGGUGAUCAGUGGCAGAGAACUGUGUGGCAUCUCCUUAUAGUAAAAAUGCAAUCUUAGAGAGGGCUAACUUUGCAAUCUCCACAAACAAUUUACCUUUUGUAAUUUUCUAAAUGUAAAAGUCACCACAAAUUUAAUGGGCAUUAAAAUAAACUAAGAAAAAAAAAAAACUCAUUUCUUCA